AUGCCUUCACCAGAACCUCACCCCGAUCUUAUGGAGAAUGAGAUGGUGGUGAGCAGCCUGCACGCUGGGCUCGUCCUGCCCGGAGAAAUGGAGUCGGACUCCAGAGACGAAGAACAUCAGGAGGCGCUCUGCUUCGCCCUCGAUCAAUUAUCUCUCGUGGCUGUUGAGAAGGCAGACUGUGGUGGGGGAGUGCUAGUCGACUCCCUUGACACACCGGACUCUAACUCCGAUACAUGUAAUGGUGUAGGGGGCUUUGUCGGCUUACAGAUGCUUGAACACCCCGGUGGCUCUGUGGGAUCCCCAUCUUCCUGCUCCCCGCCGCCGGAGUACUACGGCCCCGGUGGAUUCCACAUUACCGGCCCGCACACUCACACCGUGCUCGGUGAGCCGGGCUCCGUCCUCUGUAGCCGAAAGAGGAGCGUUAACAUGACGGAAUGUGUUCCAGUUCCUAGUUCGGAGCAUGUUGCUGAAAUCGUAGGACGACAAGGCUGCAAGAUCAAGGCCCUGCGCGCCAAGACCAACACCUACAUCAAGACGCCGGUGCGCGGGGAGGAGCCGGUGUUCAUCGUGACCGGCCGUCGCGAGGACGUGGAGAUGGCCAAGCACGAGAUCCUGUCCGCGGCCGAGCACUUCUCCAUGAUCCGCGCGUCGCGCUGCAAGGCCGGCGCGGCGGGGGCAGCCGUGCCGGGCGGCCUCCCGGGGCCCCCGCACCUGCCGGGGCAGGUCACCAUCCAGGUGCGCGUGCCGUACCGCGUGGUGGGCCUGGUGGUGGGGCCGAAAGGGGCCACGGUGAAGCGCAUCCAGCAGCAGACGCACACCUACAUCGUGACGCCCAGCCGCGACAAGGACCCCGUGUUCGAGGUGACGGGCAUGCCGGAGAACGUGGACCGCGCGCGGGAGGAGAUCGAGACGCACAUCACGCUGCGCACCGGCGCCUUCGUCGACCUGCAGGGCGGCGACAACGACUUCCACAGCAACGGCACCGACGUCAGCCUGGAGGGUCUGGGCCUGGGCGCCGGGCUGUGGUCCCGGGCCAGCCACUCGGCACCGCCCCCGCUGCACCACCCCGGCAGGAAGGCGAGGUCGGCCUCCUUCCACAGCGGCGGGGGGCUGGCCCUGGGCUCCGGGCCCUCGGAGAGCUGCAGUCCCGAGAGCCCCUUCAGCACCGGCAGCGCUGGGGGGGGCGGCGGGGCCGGCUUCGCCUUCGGGGGGGACCUCCCGGCCCCGUGCGCGGAGGAGCUGGGGUUCGAGCUCGGCGGCGGAGGCGGAGGCGGCGGCGCUAACAUCUGGGCGCCCUUCGCUAACGCUAACGCCCGCCAGCAGCCGCCGCAGCACCGGCGCAACAGCGGGGCCGUCACCCCCCGCGUGUCGCCCACCCUGCCGCCCCCACCCUCGGCCUCCUCGUCCGACCCCGCCUCCUUGGAGCACCCGCUGGCCCGCCGCGCCCAGAGCGACCCCCUCAGCGCCCUCACCUGGCUGCAGGCGGGAAGCGCGUCCUUCUCCCGGGGCUCCAGCAGCAGCAGCGGCGGCAGCAGCACCACGGGCUACUCCUCCUCCUGCUCGGCCUCCUCCCUCCCGGGGGGGUCCCCCACCGAGUCGGAGGGCGGGGGCGGCGGCGGGGCGGGCAUGCUCGCCCGCUUUAAGGCGGCGGCGGGCCUGGCCGGGGGUUUCGGGGCGGGCGGCAGGGACUGCUACGUCUGCUUCGAGAGCGAGGUGAUGGCCGCCCUGGUGCCCUGCGGCCACAACCUCUUCUGCAUGGACUGCGCCGGGCAGAUCUGCCAAUCAGCCGAGCCAGAGUGCCCCGUCUGCCACACCCCCGCCACCCAGUGCAUCCGCAUCUUCUCAUAACCGCGGCGCGGCGGAGACCGGCCGGCGGGGGGUUCGGCUGAGUGCACCUUCUCCAGAAAGCAAGGUGACUGGAUCAGCAUAAUGAAAUAUUACAGCUGUAGUGUUCUCGGACACCGACAAACUGCCUCUAUCCGAACGACAGUAGUACCCGUAUCAGCCACGACACUAAUACCGAUGUUUAUAAGAAUGAUAAUAAUAGUAUUAAUAAUGGUAAUAAUAACAGUAAUAAUCAUAAUACUGAUAAGAGCAAUGACAAUGGACAUGACAUGUGAUUGUUGGAAGCCCCCCCCAAGUUUAUUCUGUGAAGAAACUAAGUCUCUUAAACACUUUGUUCUUAUUUUUCAAACCCAAGUUUAGCCUCAACAGGGGCACAGUUGGAUUGGUUUGGUUAGUUGUACGUGUUUUUUUUUUUUUUUUUUUUCUUCCCCGAAAGCAGAUUUCUGUUUACGUUUUGCACAGGAAUUCUGUUGCUCUGGGAUAUUUGCGAGUUCUGAUGCACUUUUUAAUGCAUUUAAAAAAAAAAAAAGAUAAUCUAUAAUUCUUGAAUGGUACGAGAGGCAUCAGAUGUUUUUGGUUAAAUAUUUUUUUAAACUGAAUUUUUAUUCCUGUACAGAUGGUUUGCAUUUUCACAUGCUCAAUGGCACUAUUGUGUGGAGAGUCCCUAUGAUUCCCACUAAAUAAGGGGACUCGCUAUAAAUGAACGAGUUGAGUCACUGAAAGUCCAUCAACAUGGAUUAAUUUGACAUUGUCCCAGCGUUUCUGAAGGCUGGUACAUUCCGUUCCAAUCACAUAUGAAAGCAUCUCACCAACCAUCCCCCCAGUUUGUAUGUUUGUGGCUGCAAUUUUUAAAACAUUUAAAAGACCAAAACAUUUGCAGUACAUUUUGCUUUUGAAUGUUUUUAAGGGAAGAGAAACAGAAUUAAUUAUGGUUGGUUAAGGACGAUGUUUGGUGGUGGAUGUAGCCAUCAAGAGAAACGUUUGAGCAAGCCAAAAGUAAGAAGCAUGGUUUGGUUUCGAAAGGGUCGUUCUUUACCCCAUCUGAAACUCCAGUUCUCUCUCUUUCUCUCUUGCCUUUCUUUCUAGGUCUGGGAGAUUAUGUCUCUGGAUCACGUUGUUACUGCUCUGAAAUUUGGUUGAUCAAAUUCAACAACGUUGAGUUUCAUCACAUACAGUAUAUUGAGGCUUUUUUUUUCUUCUUGAUUUAUUGAUUGUGUACGACUCGCUGUUUCUGUCCAUUCCUAUUUUUGACACUGACACUGCGUUUCUUUGGGUUUCUAAGCCGACCGGAUGCUUUGGAAAGCCAGUGUAAAAAGCCUGUUAACUGUGUGAGAUGGUAGCUAGCUGUUAUGGAAUUUUUCUAUGGUUAUUUUUAAACCGCUCUUAACAAUAGUUCCUUUGUGGCUGCAAUGUUUUCUGUCACAGAUGGAUGGACUUUGAUAAGUGCUAGAGAGAAUCUUAGCACUUUCUUCUUUGCAUAACAUGUAUUUCAGUGGAUGAUUGUAGAUCACCUUAAACUCUCUCUAUCUCUCUCUCUCUCACACAUACAUACACACACACACACACAAACACAAACACUUUGUGAGGUUGUCAUCUGCCAAUCAUGAAAACACUGCCCCCCGAUUAAUCGUAAUUGCAAAGAAAGAAAGCACGGCAUUAGUCAUAUUUAGAACUUUCCUCUUGUGCAUGAUAUUUUUAAUGGGGCGGUUGGGCUGGUUUAACCAUCCUGAUACUUCACACUGUUUUUGGUGUGAGGAUGCUAAAUGUCUGUACAGUACAGAUUGGGUGAUUCUCACAUCUCUCAGGGGCGCUGUUUUGGAACCCCAUUCCAUAGCAUUAACACAAUCUCCCAGUGUACCGUUUAGACACUUUACUGGGAUUACCCAAAACUCUAGGAACAUUUUUUGUGUUCACUUCUUGACAGCCUCAUUUUAGUUUUUUAGUUUUUUUUUUUGGUUUUUAUUGUCGAGUGAGUAUUUUAGAAAUGGCCUGAUGGUGAUUUUUUUUUUUUUUCUUUUUUUUUUUCUGGACGUAGCCCUCAGAAGUUUUGAACUCGCUCUCCGUAUCUGGGAGAUAAGCCAUAAAAUGACAACAUCGAAACAAGGGCUUCCACUCUCCCCAGCGCUUUUCACCGCUGUCUGGGUUUGUAUCCUUAGUAAUAACAAGGAAUUAUGGGAAACAAAACCAUUAUGGCAGCUAGUCCACUCACAGGGCUUCCAGACACUUGAAGUGUUGUUUGCUUUUUUUUUUUUUUUUAGUAGCCGAGUUGCAAUCGUUAUAUCGGCUGCGUUCUCGAACCGUUAGCCGCGCGGUAGCCAUGAUUAAAUUAAGAUUGUCACAUUAGCUGCUAAUCGCAGUUCGCAAGCACAAUGCUCGUCAGUUCCCUUUGCGGUAAGACUACGAACAAAGAUCCCCCAAGUGCUCGGCAUGGAAUUUGAAAGUUGGCCUCAUCCGGGCCAGUGACACUUGAUUGUCUUUGUUUAAAUGAGUUACAUUGUUUUACAUUUAUUUAUUUGCUAAACAGCCGCCGAUCUUUGGGGCCAACUUAAAUAGAUCACAUAGAUGUGUAUUGUAUGUGUCUGUGUAGUGUACUAAUUAUAUUUCUGGUUGUUUCCAUGCAAAGUUUUGUUACAGGUACAAGAGAACAAUCCAGGUGUAUAUGAAUACUACUUUCACUAGUAUGUACAAUGUAUCUUGGGAGUUUUUUUUUUUUUUUUAACUGUUCAACCAUUUCCUGGUUUACUUGUGUCUGGAGACUGUUUGUUCUCAAGUGAAGGUUUGUUUGACUUGAGCAGUAAUACCAGUUUUCUCUGCGGAUUUUGGUUGGACUCGGAUAACCACUUAUGUAAUUCAGAUUUCCGUUAUAGCGCCAGUCUAGUUGGUACUGUGGUGUGACCGGAUUACCGCUCACAGUUUUAUUUUAUUUUUUAUUAUUAUUAUUAUUAUUUUUUGGGUCGUCAAGCCCCGACUCAAGGACCUGUUCGACGACUUUCGAUGUCCGUUUUGAAAAGGAGAAAGCCUGCAUAAUGACUGGAGUUAUGUAUGAGUGUCUCUAACGCUCUCUUCCUCCUUUAACUUCGAUCGCAGUUACGGAGGGUCUUCCAAAAACCUACAUAUACGACUGAAAUCUCCAUUCUAGCUGUUAAUUUCAGAUGCACAGCAGUGCCACGUGCUGGAAUGUUCUUUUCAUUUUGUUUGUGGUCGCUAAACAAGAAACGAUAUUUUUGACCGCCUGAUACUUGAAGCAUAUGGGUGGCGUGGAAUGUUCCUUUUUUUAAGCGGGGGAAAUGCAUCUGAGAAAUGCUUUAUGAGUUGAGCUGUCUGAUUGUGGAUGGAGGACAGAGGGCGUGGAGUGUCGGCGGGCAUCCAUUUAGCAAACGCGUUAAGGAAAGAACGGUUUAAAGGUACAAGUAUCUAAUGCACAACAUUUGGGCUGAUACCCUGAAGAGG